AUGGCAGAGCAAGAGUCUGGCAUUAUCUGGCCUAUGAUGUACAGUUCUCUGAAGGCUUCAUAUGCGCCUGAUGACUUUGCAUACCAGACCGUCACCAAGGCUUUGUCAGAGCGUGAUAAACAAUUUCGCGUUCCAUAUCAUCAGCGUCCUCAGAAAGAUCUUUCAGGCACUCAGCAGCAACUACAUAUCCGCAGUUGGUCCACUAAAUCAUUGACCGAACCGGACAGCCUCAAGCUCCUCCCACCACCUGUCCAUUCACCUCGUCUUGGAGGUCUCAUCAAAUCCAAGACUACGAACGAUUUGCUAGCCUCUCCUCGGGACAUUACUCCCAGAAGGCGCCUGCUUCAGCCAAUUGGUCCGCCAGUACCCAGGACACAAACACUCAGCAACAUCUCAUGCUUCGGUCCCACAAGCUUGACUCCCUCUCCUAGAAAACCCAGCUCGGUGAUAGCAUCCCAAGCAUACGGCUACUAUGAUGAUAUGAGCCAGCUCAGUGUGGGUGAUGCCCUUGGCGAAAGCAGGAUGACGGAGAAAGAGAUGGAAGUACUGAAACAAGUCCAGAGAGAGGCUGCGACCAAUCGAAUCAGGCUCAGGAAUGCUCAUUCCUUGCCACCAGCAGCACCUGCACCAACAUCGAAGGGGAAGACCUCGGCGCCCACAACCCUGAUAAAGAAUACCGCCAUUCCUCGUUCCUUGGGUAGACUACAAAGGAAGUCAGCUUCUGGGCGUCCGCUGUUCAUCGACUCUGCUUUAGCGAAUAAAGCCACCAUAGAAAGUUCUUCACCAUCCCCAAGGGCCCUGACCACCACGAUCGACUCGAGUCCGGGAAGUUCGCCAGAGGACAUAUUGAAACAUGUAUACUUUGCGGAAAGUCUGCAAUACUGGACCGGACGUUAUGUCUCCUCCUGCGAUCGGAUCCGGAAUCAAGAAAUGCAGCAUGCAAAGCCGCUUACUCCGAAGGACGCGAACAACGAAAGACUUGACCAGCUGUUUGAGAGUGAAGAAAGACUGCGAAUGUAUGCAGCACUCAAAGAGUUGAGACAGUACUGCAAGACCACAAUCGCUCUAGGCAGUUUCGAGGACUUCGAAGCAGGCUUGUUGGGAAACUCCGGCAAUACACGCGGUGGUCACCGUCGUAGAGCAAGCCAAAUCGUCGAAAGGGUCCCAGAGCAUGAAGAGACAAAAGCCACAGGCAGUGGUGGCAUUAGACCUCUCUUGUCUUGGGGCCUGUCGCAGUCUCCUGGAAAUACCUCCACACCGACAAGCUGGACCUCCAGUGUCAAUGCCGAAGCUGUCAUGAGCAGCAGCUCGGACGCUUUCUACGGCCUCGGAAGUCUCCCCAAGAGCAAGACGACGGGCAAUUUGGCAUCCCUCAUCCCAAUCACUGUGAAGAAGCAAACAGCGCGUGCAGACAAUUCAAGUGCUAAGCCAGGCACAACCGAGCCGACAACACAUAGGAGAAGGACGUCAUAUCUCGAUUGCUCUCCCGAACUGCGAGCCAAGGUCUUGAAGGACAGGGAAGAGCGUGCAGCACGCCGGGCUGCAGAAGCUCACCGACGAUCAAGCUCACGUCUGCCUUCGCAAGGUGCUGGUACAGGUGGAGAUCAGAGUCAGACACGAUCGCAGUCUUCAAAGCCCUCCGCGCGUCUCCGCCUUGAGCAAUACCAGGUCACAGACAGCAAGAUCGGAAACGUCGACAAUGUGAUGAGCCCAUUGGAUUGUGCCAUGCUCGACACGGGACAUGGAGUACCGCCUUCAAUAUCUUCUGGAGGGUCCCUGACCUCGCCACAGGUCCAGGUCGUCAACGUAUCUGGUGGAGGUGUCGAGAAGCUGAUCAAGUCUCGACGAAAGACCGAGCGACAAAGCGGCGGCGAAAUGGUGAAAAGUCUGUUCGGGGUAGGAAUGCGUGAGGUGAGAAAGAUGGGUCGGAGGGUGGGAAGUUGGGCAGGAAGUAGCGAUGAUCUGCUCUCGCCUGGCCAGAAUUAG